GACAAUCUUAUGCUUUCCGCUCAACUUCGGCCUUCCAAAUAAUGUCCGCAAUCCGGAGAUAAAUUAUGUACAUUAGAUCUCGAGUCAAAGGAAUAGAGGUUUUACUGAAGCACAGCUUACUCGCUAUUAAAUACUCUCUUUACUUGGCUCAAAAUCCUUGAGUUAUUGAUUCUCUACAUUCUAUCUCUACACAUCUUUGCGUUUCGUCUAAAACUAAGACCGCUUCUUCUCAGUAUGGCAGUGCGAGUUUUAUGGCGCGAUUCAUUCUGGAACGGCAAGAGGAAGCCGCUUCUCAUUGGCAUUCUUAUGUCUGGGAUUAUGGUUACCCUCCUUUUUCUCACAACGAUGUCAUACCUAUAUGGCGUUCUCUUCAAAAGCGCACAUCGGGCGCAUAACUUGAAUAUCUUAGCUGUUGACUAUGACGGAGGUGUCAUUGGCGAAGCGCUUUCAGUGGCAUACGAACAAUUUCAGGGGGAUGGAUUUCCCGAGCUUCAAUUCCAUACUACAGCCAGAUAUCCUUCUAUAGUUGAGGUUCAAAGAGCCGUAUGCCGUGGUGAUUAUUGGGGAGCUGUCGUCGCUCAACCGGGAGCCUCAAAUCGUUUGUCUCAGGCUCUAGGUGGUAGCUCUGCAGCCAGUGCCUACAACUCGGGUGACGCCUUGACCUAUAUUUACAAUGGCGCUCGAUACCCAUCUGUGCAACUAGGCGAUAUUUCUGGGAAUCUGGAAACUCUCAUUGGUGCUGUAUCUUCAGUUUACCAUGCUCUCAACGGAUCGCAAGCUCUUUUGUCACUCAACGCAAGCAACGAAGACGCAGUUCUUGCCUUUUUGAACCCUAUACAAGCAUCUAAAAUCAACAUCAAACCAACAGAACAAGGCACUCGUGUUUUGUUUAAUACUGUGAGCGUAGUCUUACCUAUUAUUCAACAGUUUUUCUUCCUCAUGGCAUUGAACGGCAUCAACAAUCAAUUUGGUAUUUAUGGUCGUCUGAAUUCUAAACGAAUUGGUUUAAUGAGAAUGGUCAUCUCGCUUUUGUACACGUUAAUCGGCUCCCUUGCAACGGCUGGUUAUAUUUGGGCCUUCCGAGAGUCCUGGGAUGUCAGUAGUGGCCAAUUCGCACUUGUAUGGAUGUCAUAUUGGAUUUAUAUGCAUAUCAAUUUUCUUGUUCUCGAUGCAGCUACUGCUUUUAUUUCAAUGUCCUUCCUUACAUAUUUUGUCCUCCCGUGGGCGAUAAUAAAUGUAGCAGCAACCAUUUAUCCAUUCGAGCUGAGUCCAGGCUUCUACCGCUGGGCUUAUGCUCUUCCUUCUCACGAAUUCUACUCAUUGAUUAUUCGAGUCGAGAGUGGAUGUGGAGAUGUGUUGCAUAGAGCGCUCCCAAUUCUCUUUUCCUGGGAGGUAGUAGGAUUAGCGUUGGCAAUCUCAGGAUCAUCUUACAGAAACCGACACGCGGAGGCAGAGCUCAUUACAGUAGGAAAGGGAGGGCAAGAUUUAAGCAAGGCUGUCAGCGAUACAUUUAAUGACGACGAGCAGGAGCUAAUUGCAAUGAGAAAGCACGAAAACUCUACCAGACCGGGUUUGCCGAUAUAAGAGGAAGAGAAAAAAGAACAGUGCAGAGAAAGUAGUACUGCAUAGGAUCAAGGUAGAUGACAGGCGCGAAGCGACUAAGCGGCGUAACAACCACAGUAUAAGCAGCAAAGUGGUCCGGAGUGUUGAGCUCCCCACAGCAGCAUUGAAGUUCAGUGUCCUCAUAAUUUCAUUUGUUGAUGAUGGAAGCUUCACGUGAAAAGAAGCCGUGGGCAAGAUGACCUGUGUAGCAUUUGGUCGAACAAAGUGAGUAUUGGGGUUCUUGCCCACAAAGAAAGCUUUGAGAUCCGCAUAGAAAAUAAUUAGAUCAUCCAGAUAAUUAUAACCGAGCUGUUGAUUCAAUGAACAAAACAUAAUAUAAAUACAUGUAAAGCCAUUAACAUUAGUUAAUAGGGUAUUAGGUUCCCUUUCCA